CUAUUACUAUCAUAUAGUCCCAAACCCCUUCUUCUAUUUCCUCAUCCAUACCCUCCACAUUUCCAUCUCCCUAUUUCCUCCGGAACCAAAACACGGAAUCACGCUACAAGAAAAACGGUUAUUUCUUAUCAGACUUAUAAACUUAUAAACCGAAAUCGAAACCGGAUACGAGAAAUGAAGGAGUUCUGGACCUCUCUAGCUUCACUGAUGGGAGUAUGGGCUUUCUGCCAGAGCAUAAUUCACACAGUUUUCCCACCAGAGCUCCGUUUCGCUUCCGUCAAAAUCUUCCAACGCAUCUUCCACUGGGCCUCCUCUUACUGCUACUACGACAUCACGGAGAUUGACGGCGUCAACACCAACGAGCUCUACAACGCCGUCCAGCUCUACCUCUCCAGCUCCGCCUCCAUCACCGGCAACCGUCUGAGCCUCACGCGCGGCCUCAACUCUUCGGCGAUAACAUUCGGUUUGACCAAUAAUGACCGCCUCAUCGACACGUAUAAUGGCGUACAAGUCAUAUGGGAGCACGUCGUCACGCAGAGACAAUCGCAGUCUUUCUCGUGGAGGCCUCUUCCAGAGGAGAAACGCGGGUUCACUCUGCGCAUCAACAAGAAGAAUAAAGCGGUAAUAUUGGAUUCUUAUUUGAAUUUUAUCAUGGAGAGGGCUAAUGAAAUAAGGAGAUUGAACCAAGAUAGGUUGUUGUACACCAAUUCCCGAGGAGGAUCUCUUGAUGCGCGUGGGCAUCCGUGGGAAUCCGUGCCGUUUAAGCAUCCUAGUACUUUCGACACACUCGCUAUGGAUCCUUCUAAAAAGGUCCAAAUCAUGUCGGAUUUAAAAGAUUUUGCGGACGGGCAGGAGUUUUACAGGAGGACCGGCCGCGCUUGGAAGCGCGGAUAUUUGUUGUACGGUCCUCCUGGUACGGGAAAAUCUAGUAUGAUCGCCGCAAUGGCGAAUCAUCUAGGUUACGAUAUUUAUGAUUUGGAGUUGACGGAAGUGCACACGAAUUCCGAGUUGAGGAAGUUGUUGAUGAAGACUAGUUCCAAGUCGAUAAUCGUUAUCGAAGAUAUCGAUUGUUCGAUAAAUUUGACGAAUAGGAAGAAAAGUAAUAAUAGUACUAGUUCCGCUGUCAGAAGCCCUGAAGGGCUCCUGACAACGGAAAUGAGGGGUGCUGCGGGGGAGGAGAGUGUUAAUUCGAUCACUUUAUCGGGUUUAUUAAAUUUCACGGAUGGAUUAUGGUCGUGCUGCGGAAGUGAGAGGAUCUUUGUGUUUACUACUAAUCAUAUAGAGAAACUUGAUCCGGCAUUGCUGAGGAGUGGAAGAAUGGAUAUGCAUAUAUUCAUGAGUUAUUGUUCGUUCGAUUCGUUAAAAAUACUUUUCAAGAACUACUUGGAGUACGACGAGGGUGACAUUGACGAAGAUCUGAUGGAGCAGUUGAAGCAAGUCAUUGACAAGGCCGAGAUGACACCAGCUGAUAUUAGUGAGCUUCUGAUCAAGAACAGGAGGGACAAAGAGAGAGCUGUCUGGGAAUUACUCGAGGCGUUGCGAACGAGGGCCGAGAAGAAGGAGAAAGGGAAUGUGAUCAAUGAAGAGGAGCAGGAGAAGAGGGCAUUGGAGACUAAUGGCUUUGAAGAUGAUGAGAUGUUCAAGAAAUUUGGGAAACAAGAACAAAGAGAAGAAGAGUUUAGUGAUGAGAAGAUAAUUUGAUACUGAAAACUCACUCUUUGUUUUAAGUCUUUUGUUUCUUCUAAAUUAAAAGACAAUGUGGUGGGGAUACAGAGAUUGAGAAGGGGAGAUUUGUAAGGGACAAGGCAUAAUUUUAUUUUUUUACAUAAUUAUCCGAAUUUCUGACUACCUAAGCCAGCACUACAUAAUCUGAUAAAAUAACCCGUCCGACUUCCGACACUUACAUUUUUCAACUUAUAAGUUACUUAUAAGCUAAUCCAUCGAGUCGUGUACAUGUUUAUAGGAAAGGAUUAAGAUGACUGGUGCGAAAUGCACAUGAUAUUGUGAAGUGUUUGGAACAUCAAUCUGAUAAUGGCACUGGAAUUUUGUUUGUUUAGAGUUGUUAGCUGUUUAGAAAUCACAUGGGGGUGGAGGAUACUUGGUGAUUUGAAAAAUUGUGGAAUAUUGGAGCAGACCAAGAAUUGAUGUGCACCAACCAAUGUUCAAUUAUUGUGGCAUAACAUUUCUUUUCGGAACUGUA